UUAAGCAAAUCCAAAUCGUACUUUUUUGUCACAGUCUAGUCUAUGGUCUAGUUUUGGCAGUUGACAUCCUUUGGUUAGCCAAAUUGUGACAGUAAUCUGCCAAAUAGUUAAAUCGAUGUUUUCACAUCAAUUCAUUAAACAAUGUCCCUGCCAUUGAAAUAUUUAAAAGCCGAGAGACCGAAACAAGAACUAGAUCUAGACCAAAAACUCGCGGAUAAAGAAACCCAAACAAUACCAUGCGGUAAACCAAAAGUACCCGAAGGUUAUCAGGAUUUAUUGCUAGAGUUUACCAUAAAUUGUAAUCUCCAUCAUCCGAGAAACCUCGUCGAUUAUGCCGCUGAAUAUUUUGCCGCCUUGAAAGAUCAAAAACAUACCAAGAUUGUCUACGAUCUGGUUUGUACUGAGAAAGAAGAAAAAACAGACAGGGACAGUACUGCUUUUAGUGAAGCUACAACAGUCACGGAUUCGGAAUUUUCAAAAGAUGAACAUGAAAAAAUAAUACUUACAUCAGCAGAAUCAGAUUCAGUACCUAUACUCUUGAAUUGAUUUUCAAUGUAAUGGAAACUUAAUUGAACACCUUUAUAUGAUCCAAUCUAAAAUUAAACUAUUUGUUUCUAUUGUAUACCUAAGCUACU